CGCCAUUCUUUUUUUUCCCACAUUUCCAUACCAAUACACACAUAUACAAACACCAGACACAAGAAAGAGACACAUACCAUGCCGCACAAAAUCAUCCUCGACACCGACCCAGGCGUAGACGACGUCCUCGCCAUCCUCCUCGCGCUCUCUUCUCCCGAAGUCGACCUGGCCCUCAUCUCCAUCGUCUUUGGCAACACCCACGCGCCCGUUGCGCAUAGUAACUUGUUAAAGAUAUAUCAUCUCCUGGCGCAAGAGGUGGCGCAGACUGCGGGCGCGGAGGGGAGGUAUGGGAGGUUGAAGGGGCAGGUGAAGACGGUGUUGGCGAUGGGGGAGGAUGGGCCGAUUGGCGGGGAGAAGGCGGUGGCUGCGUACUUUCAUGGCCCAGAUGGAUUGUCAAACAUUAGCGAGACGCACCCUCAUUUCACUCCUCCCGAGAUUCAGCCAGGGGACAUGCAUGCACAUCUCGACACAUCGCCUAAACCUUCUUACGAGGUGAUACUUGAUAUCCUCAGGGCGGAGCCUGACGACAGCGUGACCAUCGUCGCUCUCGGUCCAUUGACGAACAUUGCACACUCUCUGCGUGCCGAUCCAGAGACAUUCACCAAAGUCUCCCGCGUUGUAUGGAUGGGCGGUGCGAUCGAUCACCCGGGUAACACUUCCCCCGUCGCUGAAUUCAACUGUUUUGCCGACCCUUACGCCGCGUCUUCCGUCAUCUCUGCCGCCAAGGAGGGUAAGAUUGAACUCGUCAUGGCUCCUCUCGACAUCACCACCCCGCACGCCAUCCCUUUUUCUGAUCUGAUCCAUCCUUCCGUCGUCCCCAUCCCCGAGCCAUCCACCGGUGCUGUCCGAAAAGCCCCAGAAACGCCCACGCCGCUGGAAGCGUUCAUCUCUGCGAUGCUCGUCAGGGUCCGUGGUCUCCAAGCGAGUUUUGGGCUACCAGAUGCGAUGGAGAUGCAUGAUCCUGUAGCUGUGUGGUAUGCCAUUGCGCACGCUGGUGUUCCCCGCGGAGCCGGGCCGGUGGAAGGGUGGGCGCUGCAGGGACGGGAGUUUACGGUCGAGCGGACGGGCGAGUACACGAGAGGGAUGUGUGUGGUGGAUCGACGCGGGACGGGGGAGACAGGCGUGGAUAGGAGUAAGGAUGAGCGUAUUCUUUCACACGGGCUGGCGCAGGACACGGGAAAUACAUUGCCAGAGAAGGCGUUGAAGCCGCGGAUGUUGCCGCUUGUGAUCACGCGCACGCCGGGGGCAGAAGUACUGAGGAGCACGCUGCUUGGACGGGUGUUUGGAGAGCGGGAGUAAAUGCCGCGCUAUACGCCAUACACGCAUAACUAGAGGCCGAGACAAUAGACAGUUAUUAGAUGUAAUUAUAUCGAGAGCAAGUCUGGAAUCUCUGGAAUCGAAUCCCGGGGACCUUUAUUACUGUAUGACGCGUAUGGCUU